AUUUAGGAAAACCGUGUUUAUUUAACUGGUUCACCCUAUACAUACAUAUAUCGUAGUAAUACAUAUGUAUCGUGAACUGGUGUGCGAAGUUGAAACUAGUUCGUUUUUGUGUACAUAGAUAUAUGAAAUUACAUAGGAAUAUUUCUAUAUAUACUUCUAUAUAUUAGAUCAAUGUGCCGAAAUUAAUGAUAAAAAAUAUAAGUAACAUAAUCUGAAUCAGUGAAGCUUCUUAACCUAUUGCAUAGAAAAAGAUUUAAAUAAGUCUGUUUUAGCAAUAAAUGUACAUGACAUAAUUAUCUGUCGAUAGUAUAGAAAAUUAAAAGUAUACGCAAUGACUUCUAUUGUUACACGAACAAUUUCAUCUAAACUAUGGAGAGAUUGGAGUGUUUUGCGACCAUUACUCACAUAUUGCUCAAAGCAUAAAUUAUCCACAAAACCUGAGCUGCAACAAGAAAUUAAAGAUGUUUCAAACACAGAGAGUCUAGAAGAUAUAAAUCCAUUGAGUCAUCCAGAUUUUUUUCAUGUUUAUGAUAUGUUUACUGUCAAAGACUUGUUUGAUGCAAGAGUACAUUUUGGUCACAAAGAAGGUUCUUUAAAUGAUCAUAUGAGACCUUUUAUAUUUGGAUCUAGGCUAGGUCACUUAAUAAUCGAUUUAGAUCAAACCGCUGAACUUUUACGACAAGCAUUAAAUUUUACAGCCCACAUAGCUUCCAGAAAUGGAAUAAUUUUGUUCAUAGCAAGAAAUUCUCAAAUUUCUUAUCUUGUAGAAGAGACUGCAAAGCAAUGUCAAGAGUAUGCUCAUACAAGGUUUUGGAAGCCUGGAACAUUUACAAAUACCAAAUGUGAAUUUGGAGCUGUUACUAGAUUGCCAGAUUUGUGUAUAUUUUUGAAUACCAUGCAGUCUGUUGUUGAACAACACACAGCAGUGAUCCAUGCAGCUAAAAUGUGUAUUCCAACAAUUGGUAUUGUAGACACAAAUUGCGAUCCUAAACUUAUAACAUAUCCAGUUCCUGGAAAUGAUGACACACCUUGCGCCAUAGAGUUGUAUUGCAAAUUAUUUAAGGAAGCAGUAAUGAGAGGCAAGAAAUAUAAGAAUGAAAUGCUUGCAAGGGAUAAAAUAUGAUUUCUGAUCGAGUACUAUCAAUGUGUAAAAAUCUUAUAAGUAAAGUUUUUAAUUAUGAAAA